GGGGGGUAGAGGAGUGUACAGACAUUGGUAACGGAGGGGGAGGCGUUUGGCUCGGUGAAAACGGGGAGUGAACGAGAAGAGAGGGUGAGAAUCCAGCGGAUCUGGCCCUUUAAAUCACCAAUACAGCGCAUUCGGAGAGACAAGCCAAUGUGAGCUCAGCUGCCAUCCAGCUCUGUCGUUUGGACUUGGCAACUGUCCCUGCGCCACUCAGAUCAUCCUUCCAUCCAGUCACGCUUGUGUACAGAAAGAGUCCUGUCUGCCUACCAACACUCAGGGCGGUCCGGUGAGAAGCGCUGUGGCAAGAAGGUUGCAGGUUCAAACCCAGGUUGCCCCGGCCUUUCUGUGUGGAGUUUGCAUGUUCUCCCCGUGUCUGCGUGGGUUCUCUCUGAAUUGGCAACCUGUUCAGGGUGUACCCUUUUGCCUGAUGUCAGCUGGCAGUGGCUCCAGCCCCCCAUGACCCUGUACGCAGGAUGAGAGGUUGACAAUGGAUGGAUAUUUUUUCUACUGUGUUGGUUUAGUCUGAUGGAUCAGUAUGUCUACCACUAAUAAUAUCGCCCAGGCCAGGAAACUGGUGGAACAGCUGAGGAUUGAGGCAGGGAUUGAACGUAUUAAGGUGUCUAAAGCAGCAGCGGACCUGAUGAGUUACUGUGAGCAGCACGCUCGUAGCGACCCUCUGCUGGUUGGGGUUCCCACCUCCGAAAACCCUUUCAAGGACAAGAAACCCUGCAUCAUCCUAUAGCUGCGCCAAGCCCCUCCAGCCCUCACCACUCACACAAACACACAUACAUCCAUGCACACACACACACUCACACAUACACAUUCAGUACUUAAAUUAAUACCCAGACACACACAUGCAAACACACAGUUCAAGCAGCCCAUCCAGAAUACACACACACACACACUCAUAGAACACACGCAUUCCCAAAAUAGCCACUCUGGAAAAGCGCCAUACCCUGGAGCCACAGCUUGGGGGCAGGUAUCUUGUGCUCACAGUGGCUGAGAUCAGUAUAUCACUGAGUAUGGUCCAAGGUGCUUUGGUAAUAUUCAUAUAUGCUGGUAAAUUAACUACAAAUGUCAGCUUAACUUGAAAAGGGAUUUGGACAUUAAUAAUGAGUAGUUGGAAACCAGGAUUUAUUUUUCCUUCUUUUGUCAUGAAAAAAGAGGUUGGGUAAAAGAUGAACAGCAGUGCUAUAGGCAAGGAGUGGGAGGAUGCAUGUGGGCAACAGACAUGGACGGUAGGCGCUCCUGCCAACCAUGCCAAACACGACCUGGUGUCCUGUUAAAAGCUCAAUAAAUGGGUUUUUAUGAGGUACUUAAAAAAGGUCUAAGAGCUUUGCCCUUGAACCUGCCUGUGUUACAUCAUGGCAGGUCAUUUUGAAGCGAGUGGUUGAAGCCUUUGCCUUUAUCGGGUUAGCAUGUUCCCACCCAAACCUCUUUCAACAGACCUUCUCUGCCUGAGGCCAAACUAUGGCCAUCUGCAGCCUUUGGCCAAACCUCUAGCUGUGCCAACCUGUACAGAAAGUCAUCUCUAGAUGCUGAUCUGCUGUCACCGAUUCCACUGCAGUUCAUUACAGCUGCUGUUGGUUGAAAUCGAUGUCUAAGCUGACCUCAGAUCUGCACCUAUGAGGGGAAUACGGUGAACUGCUUUACGCAGAACUCAAGCUAUUAACCCUGGACGUUUACUGCAUUUUUCUUAAGAAAUAAUUGUUUGUGAACUCAAUGUACGUUUUGAUAUUUUGUUGAAACAUUACUUAACAGAUAAGAUAAUACUGUACUUUUUUUUAUUGUUUUGCUUUGACAUAGGUGUUGCCCCUGGCUGAUCCGGUUUCUCUUCCUGUCUGAUGUUAAAUCUAAUCAAACGACAGAAGAGCUGUAGCCAGGGGUAAAACCUAACCAGAUACCUACUAGGAUCUUAAACAAAAGUUUCUACUGUACAUCAAGCCUCCCUGUGCUUUAACCUGAGAGAGGGCAAGGUCACAGACUGACCACACCUGAUAAUCAGUCUGCAAGAACUCCCAGGCUGGAGGAGAAAACCCAAACUUCAAAGUAAAAGUGAAGCUGUCCUAAAAAGUAAAAAUUAAGAUCUCCCUUUCCUAUCUUCUCGGCUUAUGUUUGAUUCUUUCAAUUUUUAUAAGAGAGAUAUAUUGCAUUAGAUACUGAAAAGAUGCUUGUGUUUGUUGUUUGCCUCUACAUUAGAGAAGGGGAACACAUCCUUGCAGAAUAAUUCUGGCUUUAAAUCAAAUUAGAAUAAAUAUUACCUGGCCUCCCCAGUAGAAGACCUCACUUCAGUGUGAACUCAAACUGGUCACGGACUGGAUCGGGUAAGAGCCAGCAGCACCCUCUUUCCUCCUCUCCUCCACAUUGCCCCUCCUCUCUGACAAACCAAACUUGAUUGUAAAAACUGAGGAUGAAGUGAAAAAAAAACAAGUCAAGAGAAACAAACUAAGUGUAUAAACUUUCUUUCAGACAUGUGCAGAAGUGAUAAGUUGAAGAGUAGCUGUUUUGGGUUUAUUUUUGAGUUUCUUCUUUCUAUGGAGUCCAUGGAACCUGGUCAGUUAAGUAUUACCCUGUACAGUGUUUGUAAGAUACAAAAUCUAAACACAGAAUUCCCCUCUGUGGAUGUUGGAUUUUUUAGUACUACUUAUUCUCUUAUGUCAGUCAGGAUCAUAUCUGUCUUUCAAAAUUUUUAUUGGUUUUGUCAUUCAGGUUUUAGAAGCUUGCGAUAGCAGAGGAUGGUUUUAACCACAGAUACAAACACAAACACCUGAUGAGGCAAUAUAAAAAAAUUAUAUAGUAAGAUAGAAAGAUAAAAAAGCCCUGUUAGGUUUAGGAUCAUAUCAUGCUAGAGGAUGAAUCAACAUCGGACCUCAAUCCAGUGGUGAGAACCAACCUCCUGAUCUAUCUUUUAACACCAGAACAGCCCACAAGUUUUUCUCAAGUGCUGGUUUUGGUGGGUGACAGGCAACUAGGACAACACACGUAAUACACACUCUCUCUUGCAGUUGUUUGUUAGGGAAAUUGCUGAAAGAAGGGAGCUUCGUGCCAUCAUGUAUACGUUUCAGCGUUUAGCUGGGGCUUUUGUCAGGAGGAGCAUAUAGUGACAGAGCAGGGUGGAAUCAUUUGGACAGGACUUAUGGCUGCUGAUGGACUGUCGGGGGAGUUCAACCCACUGCUUUUCUGUUCUCUAAUCACUAGGUCAAUAUGAGCCACCUGCUACACUGACUUUUGAGAGUCAGGGUUUUUUUGGGGGGGGUGGUGAGAGGCGAGCAAUUGUUUGUGUCUUAAUGGGUCCACAAAUUCUCUUGUGCAUGAGAGUGUAUACACAGUUUGAAAGGCAGACAGUCUGUGUGGGGCAGCUUGCAAAAAUACCCCACAUUGAAAGGUGAUUCAGUGUUGUAUUUAGUUCGAAAAAUGUCCCCUUGAGCAGUUUGUGAACUUGUCUUUUAGAGGAAAAGUUUGACAUUUUGUGUAGAACUUGCUGAGAGUUAUGUAUCCACUUCUCGUGUCUAUAUGUUCAAUAUGAAGCUAAAGCCAGCAGUUGGUUAACUUAGCUUAGGAUAAUGACUAGAAACAAGGGGGAAACAGCUAGCCUGGCUCUGUUCAAAGGUAUGAAAAUCAACCUACCAGCACCUAAUUAACAUGGUACAUCUCAUUUGUUUAAUCAGUGAGGGAAGUCAAGCUUUAGAGGUGUGGGUAGGCUGAUUUUGUCACAUUUUACAGAGCCAGGUUUUAUGUUUCUCCAUUUCCAGUCUUUAUGCUAAGCUAUGCUAACCAGCUGCUGGCUAUACAGUCAUGAGAGUGAUAUGAAUGUUCUCAUCUAACUCUUGGCAAGAUAGUGAAUAAGCAUAUGUCCUAUGAUGUGAAAACAAUUUAUUUUUAAAAAGCUUUACAAUUCAAAUCAAGGUAUGAUCAUUAAUUAACAGCCCUGCAUUAUCUCUCAUUUGCAUUUGUUCCAAACAGAGGGAGCAGGCCGUUCCCAAAGCACAGAGAGAGCAGGAGCUGGAGAAAGGCUCUAGAGAGGGCUGAGGGUGUGGGUGUGUGUGGGGUGUCUGGUGCUAGUGUUUGGUAGCUAAAAGAAUGAUUUGGCAGAGCAGUAGGCAGAAAAGAUAAAGUAGAGGUAUGUGUGUGUGUGUGUGUGUGUGUGUGUGUGUGUGUGUGUGUGUGUGUGUGUGUGUAUGUGUGAGGGUGUAUUUGUGAGAGACACAGUGUGUACAAACACACAGUGCCUCCAGUGCCAAGUGUUCACAUAGUAGUGUUAUAGUACUGCAGCACUGCAAUUCUAGGUCAGGGUGAGUCUGACCGGAGGAGAGGUCAUGUGACACGGUGUGAGGCAGAACAGCAUGUAUGAUCUCCAUUCACUCUUUUUGUCAGUCGGAGGUUAGUGUGCAUAUUCUGGUCAAGAGUAAAAGAGGAUCUUCCACAAGCUAAAAAUAUUCAGUUGAAGUGUGGGAGGCUAUUUUUCAUGUAAUGAACGAGAUGCAAGAUUUUUCUGUUUAGCUUUAUCUGUGCCUGACUUAGCUACAGUACAUUAGCUGUUUAUUUUCACCACUUUUGCUAUAGAGACUUACAGGAAUUCGGAAGUUUUAGUUUCACUUAGGCUCUCUAUAAAGAGCUAGGCUAGCUGUUUCAGCGUGUUUCUAGUCUUUAUGCUAAGCUAAGGUGCUGGCUUGUAUUUAGCAAACAGAUGUGAGAGUAGUAUCUAUCUUCUCAUCAAACUCUCAGCAAGACUAUUUCCCAAAAUGUCAAACUAUUCCUUUAAAUUAAAUACAUUCCUUGUUUAAUCUGAAGAAAUAAUUGAAGAAAUUGUUAGACUUCAUGGAGGCUGAUAUGACUGGUGACCUUUCAUGAAAAUAAAAAUAAGGAGCCAGCUGAAGAAAUAUAAUAAUACAAACCUAAAUACAAACUGCAGUGACAGUUAGGAAGUGACUGAACUGGGAUAAGUUUGCUUUUCCCAGAAUCUGAACUAUUGUAAGACUGAGUUAAAAACAAAUUCUUUGUUAGUGUUUGGGUAAGGAUUGGCAGUUCUUUUUAAUUUCUUGCAAAGUGCAGCUGAAGUCAAACAACUGCAAAAGAUUCACACUUAAUAAACAUGCAUACAUAUCAGCGCACACACGUACACACACUGCUGUUGUCCUGGAGAUGUCUGACAGAUGCUACAUUUUACCAUUAUUGUUUUUUCAAUCAUUCCAUAGCUGGUUGGGCUUACAAUCAGAGACAGCUGGCUUGAACCCGCUUUUGGCUGGCAGUUUGUCUGACUGAUUGGUUGGUUGUUAGUUUGCCUUAUUGUGGCGUAUAUUGUUUUAAUGCUGAUCUAGGGGGUUAUCAGAUCAACAGAAUGAACAGUGCUGAAGUAGUAACACAUGGCUCGGGAUGGAAAUCCACUGGUGUUGUGACACAAUGCGAGCCCGGUGAAAUUCAUGAAAUUAAUUUCUGGUCAGGUGGGGAGAGUUGGCGCUCCUCACUUGUGGACUUUGAAAUCACAAUCGGCUCUGAGCCCUUCCCGAGAGUCAUCUUUUGUGUUCUGAUCUCCUGUGUAUGCAUACAGUAUAUGUAUCUUUUUGCCUUGAUUAAUUAUAAAGAAAAUAUAUCUAUUUUUUGUAACUGUUCUCUGAUGUGCCAUAACUCAUGUUUUCUUGCACACUGUUAAUAUUUUGUGGAUAUUGCUGUUAAAAAGAUGAUAUUGAGAAGUAGAUAACAUUAUUAAAAAGAUGAUAUAAUAACACA